UUGGUGACCCGAAACAAAAAUAUGCAAACUUUAGGGUAAAUCGUAUAGAAAUAAAAAAUACAGGGACUGAAUAGUAAAAAAAUGUUUCCUUUCUCUAGGGUUAGGGUUUAAACGUUCCCAAAACAUUUACGUAGCCGAACCCUCUUAUUGAUAUUAGCGCGAUCGAAAUGUCGAAGAAGAAUAAUUUAGCCCGCAGAAAGAGACAGCAUGAAUUCGAGCUUCAAAAGGAGAAGGAACUGAAAGAAAAGAAAGAGAAGAAGCUACUAGCAAAGAAGAAUAAGAUGAAAGUUGACAGUAAGAACAAUACAAAGAAGGGUUCAAGUGGAUUUUCGCUAAAGAAGAAAAAGUUGAAGACCAAAUUGACUGCAUUGACAAAAGCAAAAGCUGCCCAGGCUAUGGAAGUCGACAAAUGACAAAUGAAGUUCAAAUUUUGAUGUCAUAGGAGAGUCCAUGGCAAAUUCCUGCAUCAGAUAAGUAACAUGUACCGUGUGUUUUAGAAAAUCAUGUGCAAGACCAGACCAUGAAAGCUAACAAGAACUUUGCUGAGAGUCCUCUUGCAAUUAACAAGAAAUAGUCCGAGUCCUAAUGAGAUUGGUAUUGCUAAACUACUUGAUUAAUGUGCUAGGAGAAAUUAAAAUAUGUUUCCUUUAACAAGUUGUGAGGAUCACAAUUUCAUUCGUGCUGUAUUGACUUUGGUUAAAUGAGAAGAUUCUUUUGUUGAGAGGUGUUGUGAGAUGAGGAGUUGAAGAACCAUGCAUGAUCAGAUUAUGCUGAAAGAGUUCAUACUUCAUUCCCAGAAUGAACACUGUCCGUUGGUCUUAUUCAGAUUAACCUGCUUAAUCAAACUGUUCCUUAUAAACAAUUUAUUAGGACUGAGAUAGAAAAAUCACCUCUGCAAAUAUUGACACGAUAAAUUUCUCAGCAGGAAGGCUCAUUUGUUUGUUUUGCUUAGCAUAGAAGAACAGCACAAAUGGGUCGGGCUAGGCCAUGAGGAUUAUACAGGCUGAGGCCGAAGAAGGUUGCCAUCUUUUUCGGAGUUUGUCACUUUCAUCCACUUGAUGUCAAGCUUAUAUGGAUGUGGUGCAUAUUUAUGAUCCUAUAUGCAAUUGGCAUAGUAUCUUACUGGGGACCAUUCUGUAUCCGGAUCUCAUAUCCUAGUAACCCAAUCCAUUUAUUUACCUUACUAGUAGAUGGAAAAAGACAUGAUUUUCUUUAUUCAAAAAUAUUUUUUUCUUAAAAAAUAAUUUACAAGAAAUUAUUAGAUAUGCUUAUUUUCCUUUAUAAAUGAGAGAUUACCCACCUCAAAUUAAAUAUCUAGUGAUUGAUGAUAUUUUGAAGGGUGACUUCACAGCUUAUUUUAGGAAAAAUUGAAAGACAUGGAUAGAGUUUCAAACAAAGAAACAAGUUAGAGUUUCUUAGUCAAAAUAAAACUUGUUUUGAUUCUUAAAAAACACAGUUACACCUCAACAAAUAUAGGUUGAGGGUUGUUCCACCAACCAACAUCAUCUUAGGUCUUCAAAUUUUGUGUCUUUUUCUUGUAUUUUUAUUAUUCCUUUCCCACUUUCUUAGUGUUGAUGUCAAAAUGAAACCAUUCUUUCUGAAGCUUUUCUGAACCCAAUCAAAACCUUAACUGUUUUUUCCACAUGGUUUGAUUUUCAGUAGAUUUGUCAAUCACCAUAGAGCGUGGUGGCUUAUUGGUAAACCUUGAAUGUUGAAUGCAUUUAAUUUGGGUCCGACUCUUAGUCAUGUGUUGAGA